AAGACUAAACUGAUCAUCAUCAUCAUCAUCAUCAUCGUCAAAUUAUAUCCUCUGAACAAAUAAAAAGAUGAUAUGGAUAAUACAAAAGAGUUAUGGAAUUUAUAUAAUACAUUUAUUUUGAAAUUUAACAUUUUCAUUUCCUGCACGAGACGCCUCUUUCUUCUCUGCCAACAGCUUCGACGUCAUUUCCUUCCUCUUCCCUCUUUCAGAUUUCUUUACUUCUUCUUCCUCUUACUCUUUCCCUGGUGAUCUCUGUUGUGUCUCUUCUUCCAUGAUUCCGGACCCAGUAAAGCUUUCUUGCUUUCAUGGAAGACACACUCGAUAAAAAGCAGGUCUUUGCUUACCACUAUCACUGAGCUACAAAGGGUUUUGCUGAGGAGAAGUUACUCGUUUCCCCUUCUUUGAAAAGCCCAGAAAUUUUCUUAAUCUAUUCUGUCUUCCCAGUUCCCAAGCAAAUAUUUGGCGUUGUAUUAUAUGGACCUGCAAUUGGUUAAGAAAGGUUUGAGUUUUGCCCGGAAAAACAAGAAGUGGGUUCUUCUCUUGACUGCUUUUGGGUUCACCAGUUAUGGCGUCUAUAAUGUUUACUACUCACCCGAAGUGGCUCAAAAGAGGAGAAGAAUUUCUAAGCUGUUCGAAGCUAUGAUUUCGUUAGCAGAAGCAGUCUCGGAAUCAGCGGGGGCAAUCAGCAUCGUCUCCAGAGAUCUGAAAGAUUUUUUACGAUCAGAAUCCGAUCAAAUUCCAAACAGUCUGACACAAAUUUCAAAGGUUACAAACUCAGACGAGUUCUCCAUCUCGUUAACAAGGUUUACCCAAGCUUUAACCUUUGGGCUUUUGCGUGGCUAUCGAUCAGAAUUAAGAAAAAAUGACAGUAUAAAAGCAGAUUCUAGCUUUUUGGAUCAAGCCAUAGAUAAGCUUUUUACAAAAGCUGGGUCUGGUUUUGCUUCUGUUGUUGUUGGUAGCUUUGCCAGGAACUUGGUCAUGGCAUUUUAUUUAGAUGGAUCAGACUCAAAUUCAACCAAUUCAGUUGGGUUAAACUUGGAUUCUGCUGAAAGAUGGGUCAAUUUGGUUUCGAGCAAUCAGUGUAGAAAACUGAUUGUUGAGUGCAUUCAGAUGUUUGUGAGCACAGCAGUUGCUGUUUACCUUGACAAGACUAUGCACAUCAACACCUACGACGAAUUCUUCGCCGGCAUGACGAAUCCAAAGCACGAAAGGAAAGUGCGAGACAUGAUGGUAACAGUCUGCAAUGGAGCAAUUGAGACACUUGUAAAGACAUCUCAUCAAGAAAUAACAAGCUCCAUGGAUGGAGGACCAGUUGCAGACAAAGAUGAGCUACUGGUCUUGCCUGAACUGAAAGCAAACCACUUAGUUAAAAAAAGAUCUUUGGUUGGGAAACUAUCUUCUGCUUUAGCAUUGCCAAAAAACAGGAGAGUUUUGCUUGAUUUGGCAGGGGAGAUAACAUUUGAAACAGUGAGAUCUUUUCUUGAGUUUUUGCUGGAAAGAAUCUGUGAUGGGAUAAGGAGGAUUUUGAAGCUUGUUCAUGAGACUGUAGCUGAAGCUGGAAUUGAAACAGUGAGAUAUGUCAAUGCCAAGUCCUCUGCCAUGGUUACAGUUUGUCUUUCCAUGUGCUUGGACAUUCUUGAUGGUGCUUGGAUUUCGAUGCUUGCUUAGGCUUAGACCUCUUCCAUGGAUUUCAUGCAUUUGAUUUGAUUCAUGGGGUUGAUUAAAUUUUGUUUAUUCCAUAAAUAUCCUAAAAGUAUACUUGUAUUUUGUUAAUAUAA